CCAAGUGUAACCCAAUGACUUCCAGUGGAUGCAAUGUUUGUGUUGGUUACUGCACGUGUGUGAACGGAUACUUUGGCCCUGCGUUUCAAUAUCAGUGUUCUUAUGGAGAAUACGGAAGAAACUGCAGAGCUGCUUGUCAGUGCAUGAACGGAGCAUUGGUGGGUUACUUUGUUGUAUUAGAGACUAAGCUAUUGUAUUGGAGGGAUGCAUCUCACAGUACAUUUAAUAAUUAAGCUAUUGUAUUGGAGGGAUGCAUCUCACAGUAUAUUUAAUAAUUGAGCUAUUGUAUUGGAGGGAUGCAUCUCACAGUACAUUUAAUAAUUGAGCUAUUGUAUUGGAGGGAUGCAUCUCACAGUAUAUAUAAUAAUUGAGCUAGUGUAUUGGAGAGGUGCAUCUCACAGUACAUUUAAUAAUUGAGCUGUUGUAUUGGAUGGAUCGUCUCCAGUGAUUGUAUUAUUGGCUUGCAUCUAUUUCAGUAUGAUAUCUAUUAAUGUAGCAUUUGUGUUAAAGUGUUCAUCAAUAGACGGCAAAUGCACAUGUAAACCUGGUUAUAGAGGCAGACUUUGUAAUGCAUUGUGCCAACCGGGAACCUAUGGAGAUGGAUGCAAGAAAUGCAAUUGCUCUGCUAAUGCUGCAGGCUGUAACGUGUUUACAGGGAAGUGUUCUUGUCCAGCUGAAUACGGUGCUCUUUGUGAUCAGUUGUGUGCUACUGGUUGGUGGGGACCUGGCUGUAUCAACAAGUGCACGUGUGACAAUGGAACAUGUGGCGGUGUCACAGGAAGGUGUACAUGCAAUCCUGGAUAUACAGGCAGCACUUGCAACAAUCCAUGUGCUGUGUGAGUUGCUCUUCAAAUUUUCCUUUCCUUAUACUUGCCCUGUUCUUUACUUUAGUGUUUAAUACUUUGCUGCAAGAACCAUUCAUUUGGUAUGUCUUACUGACACACGGGAAUGAUAUACCUACACGUUACAUUGCUGAAUCAAAUUCAAACUCGUGUGUGUCAAAUUAUUUGUGGCGUAAUUUACUUGUUUCUUCAUAUUCUUGAUUUUUAAUGAAACUCAACUGGC